CCCGGAUCCCGGUGGGCUGACUUCCGGCGCGCGCGGGCGCUCGAGCUCCAAGCGCGCAGUCGAACUUGUGAGUGCCAGCGGCCAGAAGGCCUUGAGUCGACAUUGUGUUCGUGCGUAAGCCCUCGGCGCUUUUAACUCUCAUUUUCCUUCUGAAUUCCUACUUUGCAGACAGCAAUGGCAGCCCGAGUACUUGUAAUUGGCAAUGGAGGAAGAGAACAUGCACUGGCGUGGAAACUUGCACAGUCUAAUCAUGUCAAACAGGUGUUGGUUGCCCCAGGAAAUGCAGGCACUGCCUGCUCUGAAAAGAUUUCAAAUGCUGCCAUCUCCAUCAGUGAUCACAGUGCUCUUGCUCAGUUCUGCAAAGAUGAGAAAAUCGAAUUCAUAGUUGUUGGACCAGAGGCACCUCUGGCUGCUGGAAUUGUUGGGAACCUGACAUCUGCAGGAGUGAAAUGUUUUGGCCCCACAGCAGAGGCAGCUCAGUUAGAGUCCAGCAAAAGAUUUGCAAAAGAAUUUAUGGACCGACAUGGAAUCCCAACUGCACAAUGGAGAGCUUUCACCAAACCUAAAGAGGCCUACAGCUUCAUUAUGAGUGCAGAUUUCCCUGCUUUGGUUGUGAAGGCCAGCGGUCUUGCAGCUGGGAAAGGUGUGAUUGUUGCCAAGAACAAAGAAGAGGCCUGCCAAGCUGUGCAGGAGAUCAUGCAGGAUAAAGCUUUUGGAGCAGCUGGAGAAACAAUUGUCAUUGAAGAACUUCUUGAAGGAGAAGAGGUGUCUUGUCUCUGCUUCACUGAUGGAAGGACUGUGGCCCCCAUGCCCCCAGCACAGGACCAUAAGCGAUUGCUGGAAGGAGAUCACGGCCCCAACACAGGGGGGAUGGGAGCCUAUUGUCCAGCACCUCAGGUUCCUAAGGAUUUGUUGCUAAAAAUUAAAAAUACCAUUCUUCAGCGGACAGUGGAUGGCAUGCAGCAGGAGGGUAUGCCAUAUACAGGUAUUCUCUAUGCUGGUAUAAUGCUGACUAAGGAUGGCCCAAAAGUUCUGGAGUUUAAUUGCCGUUUUGGUGAUCCAGAGUGCCAGGUGAUCCUCCCACUUCUUAAAAGUGAUCUUUACGAAGUGAUUCAGUCUACCUUAGAUGGCCUGCUGUGCACCUCUCCACCCCUUUGGCUUGAAAACCGCACUGCCAUAACUGUUGUCAUGGCAAGUAAAGGUUAUCCAGGAGACUACACCAAGGGUGUGGAGAUCACAGGGUUUCCUGAGGCUCAAGCUUUAGGACUGGAGGUGUUCCAAGCUGGUACUGCCCUAAAAGAUGGCAAAGUGGUGACUAAUGGUGGUAGAGUUCUUACUGUCACAGCCAUUCGGGAAAAUCUUAUCUCAGCCCUUGAAGACGCCAAGAAAGGACUAGCUGUUAUAAAGUUUGAGGGAGCCAUUUACAGGAAGGACAUCGGCUAUCGUGCCAUAGCUUUCCUGCAGCAGCCCAGGGGCCUGACUUACAAGGAAUCUGGGGUAGACAUUGCAGCUGGAAAUAUGCUGGUCAAGAGAAUUAAACCUUUAGCAAAAGCCACCUCCAGACCAGGCUGUGAUGUUGAUCUGGGAGGUUUUGCUGGUCUUUUUGAUUUGAAAGCAGCUGGUUUCAAAGAUCCUCUUCUGGCCUGUGGAACAGAUGGCGUUGGAACUAAAUUGAAAAUUGCCCAGCAGUGCAAUAAACAUGAUACCAUUGGUCAAGAUUUGGUUGCAAUGUGUGUAAAUGAUAUUCUGGCCCAAGGGGCAGAGCCCCUCUUCUUCCUCGAUUACUUUUCCUGUGGAAAACUUGACCUCAGUACGACUGAAGCUGUCAUUGCUGGAAUCGCUAAAGCUUGCGGAAAAGCUGGAUGUGCCCUCCUUGGAGGUGAAACGGCAGAAAUGCCUGACAUGUAUCCUCCUGGAGAGUAUGACCUAGCCGGUUUUGCCGUUGGUGCCAUGGAGCGGGAUCAGAAACUCCCUCACCUGGAAAGAAUCGCGGAAGGGGAUGUCGUUAUUGGAAUAGCUUCAUCUGGUCUUCACAGCAAUGGAUUUAGCCUUGUGAGGAAAAUUGUAGCUAAAUCUUCCCUUCGGUACUCCUCUCCAGCACCUGAUGGCUGUGGUGACCAGACCUUAGGGGACUUACUUCUAACUCCAACCAGAAUCUACAGCCAUUCACUGUUACCUGUCUUGCGUUCAGGACAUGUCAAGGCCUUUGCCCAUAUCACUGGUGGAGGAUUGCUAGAAAACAUCCCCAGAGUUCUCCCUGAGAAACUUGGGGUGGUAUUAGAUGCCCAGACCUGGAGGGUCCCCAGGAUCUUUUCAUGGUUACAGCAGGAAGGACAGCUCUCUAAAGAAGAAAUGGCCAGAACAUUUAACUGUGGCAUUGGGGCUGCCCUUGUGGUAUCAAAGGAACUGACAAAGCAGAUUCUAAAGUAUAUUCAGCAGUGCCAGGAAGAAGCCUGGGUGAUUGGCAAUGUGGUGGCAUGCCCUGAAGGUUCUCCUCGUGUGAAAGUCAGGCACCUGAUUGAAGCCAUGCAAACAAAUGGACCAAAAUUGCAGGAUGGCACCAUGAAAAAUAAUUUCGCUGUCCAAACAAAAAAGGCAAGAGUAGCUGUCUUAAUAUCUGGAACAGGAUCAAACCUCCAAGCUCUCAUCGCCAGCACACAGGCACCAAGUAGCUCUGCGCACAUUGUUGUCGUUAUCUCCAACAAAGCCGGGGUGGCUGGCUUAGAUAAGGCGGCCAGAGCCGGCAUUCCGACCAGAGUAAUUAAUCAUAAAUUAUAUAAAAGUCGUGUAGAAUUUGACACUGCAAUUGACCAAGUCCUUGAAGAGUUCUCCACAGACAUAGUCUGUCUUGCAGGAUUCAUGAGAAUUUUAUCUGGCCCCUUUGUCAGAAAAUGGAAUGGGAAGAUGCUGAACAUCCACCCUUCCUUGCUCCCUUCUUUUAAGGGUGCAAAUGCCCACGAGCAAGCCCUGGAUGCCGGUGUCACAGUAACUGGGUGCACUGUGCACUUCGUAGCUGAAGACGUAGAUGCUGGACAGAUUAUCUUGCAAGAAGCUGUUCCAGUGAAGAGGGGUGACACUGUUGCAACUCUGUCUGAAAGAGUGAAAUUAGCCGAACAUAAAAUAUUUCCCGCAGCCCUCCAGCUGGUGGCCAGUGGAACUGUACGGCUUGAAGAAAAUGGCAAGCUCUGUUGGGCCAAAGAGGAAUGAAGCUGCCUAAUUCAGGAAUGGCACCAGCUUUGAAAGAAGUCUAGCUGUUUGUAUGGUAGCUUUUUAUUAUGGACUCAGCCCAAAAGAAAAACCAAAAAAAGGAAAAAAGAGGACCUCACUCACCCUUAACCUCUUCGGCCCUUUGUUAAUGAACAGAGAUUCAUUACAAGCAAAACGAGUGAAGCAUUUCUAAGACAUGUAGUGGCUUCAGUGGUGUUUCAGGUUUUACCAGUUUAUGACCUUUCCCUAUUUUGUUUUAGUUGUAUGUUCUCUAGUCUUUGGAAAGUUAUCCAACAAGUCUAAUAGUAAUAGCUCUCCCCCAUAUUGUUUAUCUGUGCUGAUUUGAACUGAGAUCUCUCAUUAUCCUGAUCAUGAUUUAAUGGCAUAAAAUUUCUGGGUAGCUCCCAUUUCUGAGGGAUAGUAUCCCUUGUACUUUGAAAUAUCAUUAAACGUCCCUCUAAUUGUUGACAGAUUUUAUAAUACCCAGAUUUUAGCUGCUUAGUUAUUCUAUGGAUUAUAUACAUCCGUACUUUUAUAGGGCACUGGAGGGUUAAAGGGACAGUUUUAGUGGCUUCUAGAUUCAAACAGGACUUUAGGCAGGUUACGCAUUCUAUCACCCCAUCUACUAAAGUAGCAAAUGCCUAUCGUAUGGUUGUUUUGAUAAUUAAAUUUAGUACUUGUGAAAUGCUUAGAACAGUGCUUGGGACAGAGUAGGCACUCAAAGCUUAGCAUUUAUUUCAUAAUUCCUGCUGGUUAUGAAAGCUGUUGUAACUAUUCUUAAGACAAAUACACCUUGAGCAUAAACUCAAGCAUGGUGAUAAGUGGAAUAUUGGAAGAGUGGUAGUUCUUUUUAGAAGAAGUGAAGGCAAGUGGAUGGCAAUCUACCCAGACUAGUGAAGAAUACUAUGGCAUUGCAUAUUAUUUUCCUUUCUAGCUGGUCAUUCAGAGUCUGGAUUUGCAGUUCUGGAACUAGGAGGACGAGGCUGCUAGUGAGUACCCUACCCAAGCUUGGCACCACAUUUCUGCCGUGGCUGAGUGAACAGGCAAUGGCUGCCUGACCCAAAGGCAGCCAGCCAUCCUCAGACUUGCAGGUCAUGUGGCCUGAGAGCUCUGCCUGCCCAUCAGGGCUGCACCUUACCAGAAGGGUACCUGGAGACCCUGUUCAAAUCCUCCAUCGGAGUUGGAACUCAAAACCUAACCGGAAAGGAUUCUUAGAGUAGUCGUACGCGUAUUCAGAAGAUAGGAUACUCUAGCCUGAAGGCAGGAAAGAGCAGAGGAUCAGUGGACAGACUACUUCGCCAAUAGACCCUGAUCACUGCCUCUGGUGCUGGUGGGUGUCCCCAGGGCUGGGCAGCUGACGGACGUUAUCUUACCUCACACUGACUAGUCGGCAACUGCCAUCAAAUACAUGGGAGACUCAGGUGCCUCGUUUCACAUAGGUCCCUUUGCUAUAAAAACAAGCAAAUCACUAGUUCUGGAGUUCACUCAGCAUUGUUAAGCAUUUAUUACAUAUAUGCCAAACAUUGUCCUAUGAAGUUUGUAGAAAGUUAAAAGAUAUAAAGGAAAAUGUUACUGUUUGAUAACAUUCCAUACUGUAAAAGUAGAGGCUAGUACCAAGAUGUAGAUUAGAAAAACCAAUGUAAGCUUGUGCCUUUAGAAACAAAACUUUCCAGCCCUUAUGUUGAUACUAAUUUCACUAAAAAGAACCUAUAUUCCAUGUAAGGUAGCUGAUUCCGUAUCUUUGGAUAGGAAGAAUCAAAAUGUCUGAAAUAUCUGGUCCCAGACAGCAGAAAAAACACUGGAAAAGAGCAGGAUGAUACUGAAAGAACAAAAGAGCUUAAAGGGGGUCUUAAGAGCUUUAAGGUUUGUGCUAAGUUGAAUAUUAUUUUAUUUGGACAUGUUGAGUGUGUGAGCAGUCAUUUGUUUAUAAUGAUAGUCAAAGAGAAAAGGUCAUUUAAGCUAUAAAGAGGUCAUAAUGCAAAAGGUGAAAACAAGAUGUUACUAUUAAUGUAAUAAAUGUGGACUUUUUUUAUUA